AUGUCCGUCGCUGCACAAGCCGCGGAGCGACAAUUGUUGGCUCUCAUUGUCGAUGAGGAUACAGCCACCGGACUUCUCCUCGCAGGAGUAGGAGACGUAGCACCCGACGGGUCCAAGAAUUUUACCAUCGUCACGCCAUCCACGCCAGUAUCAGAGAUCGAAGCUAGUUUCAACACCUUCACCAAUGAGAGGAAAGAUAUUGGCAUCUUGCUCAUUAAUCAGCAUUUGGCGCAGAAAAUCAGACCGAUCGUGGACAAGUACCAACAGGCUUUCCCUGCGUUGCUCGAGAUUCCCAGCAAGGAUCAUCCCUAUGGUGAGUGUCUCGGAUUCCGAUCCGUCAGCAGGCCCUAGGACGCGAGGAGAGUCAGCAGACGCGUUGCAUGUAUUCUCAUCGGGUAAUGCAAUCCAGUGUCGAGCUGAAAGCCGCAGCCUUACGACGGAUGUGAAGCGAGCCAAUCGUUGUGCGCGAUGGCCGAGCCCUAUCGUAAACGCCGCUCAACUCGAAUCACUGCUUUUUGCCUCUUCAGAUCCCUCAAAGGACUCAAUUCUCAAGCGUGUCCAGAAGGUGCGUACUAGCGAAGGGCAUAGACGCCCGCUUUGGUUGCUCUCAUUGCGCACUGGCUGACCCACUCCCGGCCUUCCUCCACUUGCAGUUAUUUGGAGAAUGA